UUCAAGUGAAGUAGGCUACCAUACACCAGGCUACGUGCGCAGUGAGUGGGGAAGUUCUGUAGCCUAUUCGCUUGUCGCGCUGUACUUACGUUACAGUUUUGUGGUUCUGAUUUCCUCAGAUCUCUACUCAGACGGAGCACAUUGUGCAGAAAUGUCGAUGGUCUGUCUGACUGACUUUGAGGAGUACGCUAAGCAGCAUCUCUCCAAGGCCACCUGGGACUACUAUGCCGCCGGAGCAGAUGAGUGCUGCACCAGAGACGACAACCUGCUGGCCUACAAACGAAUCCGCCUGCGGCCUCGGAUCUUACGGGAUGUGUCGGUGAGCGACACGCGGACCACGGUCCUGGGAACAGAGAUCAGCUUUCCUGUGGGCAUCGCACCCACCGCCUUCCACUGCCUUGCCUGGCAUGAGGGAGAGAUGGCAACAGCAAGGGCCACGGAGGCGGUGAACACGUGCUACAUCACCAGCACCUACUCUACCUGCUCGGUUGAGGAGAUCGUGGCAGCAGCGCCCAACGGCUACCGCUGGUUCCAGCUUUACGUGUACCGAGACCGCAAGCUCUCAGAGCAGAUAGUGCACCGCGUGGAGUCGCUGGGCUACAAGGCCCUGGUGCUCACCGUAGACGUGCCCUACACCGGGAAACGUCGCAAUGACAUCCGCAAUCAGUUCAAGCUCCCGCCGCACCUCAAGGUCAAGAACUUUGAUGGGGUCUUCCAGUGUGUACCUCACUGUUGUCCCAUCCAGGAGAGUGCUGGCCCCGAGGAGUACGGCAUCCCCGCCAACACCCUGGACCCCUCCAUCAGCUGGAAGGACGUGUACUGGCUGCAGUCUCUCACGCGGCUGCCGAUCAUCAUCAAGGGCAUCCUGACGAAGGAGGACGCCGAGCUGGCGGUGGAGCACGGCGUGCAGGGCAUCAUCGUGUCCAAUCACGGCGGACGACAGCUGGACGGGGGACCGGCUACUAUAGACUGUCUGUCGGAGAUAGUGGACACGGUGCAAGGCAGGAUCGAGGUCUACAUGGACGGGGGGAUCCGCACGGGCAGCGAUGUGCUCAAGGCCGUGGCCCUGGGAGCCAAGUGUGUGUUCAUCGGCCGGCCCGCGGUGUGGGGCCUGGCUUAUAAGGGUGAGGAAGGAGUCAGAGAGGUGUUACAGAUCCUUAACGAUGAGUUCCGCUUGUCCAUGGCCUUGUCGGGAUGCCGAAAUGUUGCCGAGAUCAACAGGAAUUUAAUUCAGUUCUCCAAACUUUGACCCGGGCAGUCUGGACUUAAACCAUAAGGUUUUGACAGGCCUUUUCAACUGCAGCGAUCAUCGACCCAAUGCUAUUAACGGCUAAAGCCUUUAGUCUCUGCAAAGGACGGCGCCAGACGAGCCCAGCAUGACUUCAGCCUUAAUCGGUCAGGACGGAAAUGAUAUCACUUGUGAUUUUAGUCAAUCUACGUAAUUACUGGCUGGUGUUUUACACCAGCUAAUCAAAACACGAGAUCCACACGUCUUCUUUGUGGUAUAUAUUUUUUUUCCUUCAUUUCUUUAUUUCCUUUUCUCUCUCUCACCUCCUUGGGCAGCGGAGUUUGUAACUGUGUGUGCAUGAGUGCGAGUGUUUGUGGACUGGUGGAAGAUGCGAUUUCUUUUUUUGGGAGUCUGGACGGAGGGGCACUUUGAGACCAGGACGGAGGGGCACCACCUAAGCGACGCUCAACCUGGGUGGUGUUUUGACCCCUCAGGUGGAACUACAGGAACCAUCUUGUGAACUUUCAUCUGGAAUUGUGAUAAUUGCAUAUAGAUGGUGAAAGACCUGUUACGUGGGAGAGAUAUUAGGGCUCAAAGCUGAAUGCCAGAUAGGACACUAUUGUUUGUUUGCAGAGUUCUCAGUCCCUUAUCUUGAAAUGGUGGUGUGAUAUGGUUUUGUAUCUUUAAGACACAAUGAGAUUAUAUGAAUCAAUCUUAUUAAAAUAUAUUUUACAGCA